AGCUGGUCGUUCAGUAGCUUGGCAAAAUUUUAUUUCCAAUUUAGAUCCCUUUAUCUUGAAGGCAAAUCAAAACAAUACUUUUCCGUGCCGUUUCUUCACGUAAGCUCGAGCGCAUCCACGUUUCCCUGCCUCCUGUGCAAUUAAAACUCACAGUGCAGUUUUCAACCGCUGCAUCUAAACACCACGGCUGUGAAGUGUUUGGUGCGAUCUGCCUGGUCUUAUUUAUAAAGUCAAAACUCGCCUAGACGAGAAGAUUGCUCUCAACAAAGGUACCGUGAAGAAAGUGUAUUUUUUACGCAAAGAACAACAACAACAAAAAACCCCCGAAUCGGUUUGGAACGGGUUUUUCAUCGACUAACUUGUAACGGAUACGGGCGCAUAUUGCAAUCGACUAACAAGUAUCGACGGUCCAGCAUCCCCGAUGCAUUCACCCAUACCGCUGGGAAUGAACUAAUCAAUGUCCAAUAAUAUCAUCGCUUGCUUCGUACCGGCGUGUACCAUCAGACUCCGUGCUGCGGUUGUGACCUUUUUGUCGCCGUGUUUAUUUAUAUGAUUACCCAUAACGGGCACCUAACCCCACCACGGAACGUCCACACAGUCGGUAACUGAACGCAUCCUAACUAACCCACCACAGACAGACAGACAGAUAAACACACACACACACAAUACACCAAUCAAUCAAUCAGUCAUUCUGUGUUUUAUCAAUGCAUAACCGUUGUGGCGCAGUGCGUUGAGGUGUGGCGAGUUAGUUGUGUGUAUUUCAUAUUGCUUUUAAUGCUUCUUUGACGCGCUGACCCCAUAACCUGCCUGCUGCUGCCAAUCUGCCCGUGGGAUCUGCUUACCUCUUGCAUGGAGUGCAGCCGCUGCAAGCAUCCCGUAAGAAAGGAACGCUUCUUGAACAAACACAACCCCUAUACGUAUAAUUUCUGCGUCAGUUUAAAGCUGGUGUGAGCACCAAACGUGGACCUUCGCCGGACAAAAUGGCACCAACGACCACAAUUGAAACAGUCACCAUCACGCGACCAUUGAAGGUUAUUGCCUUCAUCUGCGGUGUCAUCGUUAUCAUUCUGAUGAUCCUAGCACUUACCUCCACCGAUUGGCUGAUGGCGGAAAGUUGGCGCCAAGGACUGUUCGUACACUGCAUCGAGGAAGGUUAUGAACUGCCGUUGCCAUUCAACCUGCAAGAUCCGGCCGGAUGCUAUCCGAGCCGUGAUGUCGCGUACAUUAAGGCAACGGCAGCGCUCUGCAUUAUCACGCUGGUAACCGACGCGCUGGCCACCUUUCUGACCGGCUUGGGGCUGCGUACGCAGGAUCAUAACCUGAAGUACAAGUUCUACCGUGUAGCAGUGCUGAUCAUGAUGGUUGCACUGAUAUCACUUCUGAUCGCAGUGAUCCUGUACCCGAUUUGCUUUGCAGCCGAAUUGAACAUUGCUAACCGGUUGGUCUGGGAGUUCGGCUGGGCGUACGGUGUCGGCUGGGGUGCGGCAAUCUUUCUGUUCGGUGCCGUCGUGCUGCUGCUGUGCGACAAAGAGUCGGAGGAGAUUUACUACAAGGAAAGGAAAAUUGUACACGACGCAUCGUUAAGAGACUAGGCCAGGGCACACGCUCUGCCCGACGUUGUGCUUUAGACAAUAGGAGAGAACUCAAGAGAAGAACACGCUAAAAUCACGCUCCAUCAACGGUCCAGCAGUGUAAUCUGUCGCAAUCGUAACCGAAUAACUCUCACAGCAUCCCCCCCCCCCCCCCCCCCCCAAGCGCGGCGAAGCAAAUGCGCAUUUGGCGAAAAUCAAACGAAACCAGCCAGCACAGCGUUUCUAUCCGAUUCUUCUUACAUGCACUUACUUUCGGCGCAGUAGUACCGAAUAUUCAGGACAGAAUUGUGGCUAUCACUAUGCCAUGUCCAUGGGCCCGAACGAGAAAUCCGUUUUAAAAUCUCGAUAGUCCGCACUCCUCCCCCCCCCCUUCCCCUUGAACACAAACAUCGGGACAGCAGCAGCGGCAGCAGCUGCGGGAAAGGCUAAAAACGACACGCGACUGUAGUAUUUAUUGAACCACUUUAUGGCCAUACAUCCUCGCUUAUUAUGAAUCUCUAUUACUUUUGCACGAGUUGUUUAUUUUUUGUUGUUUUACCAUGCUGCUGCUGCUGCUGCUGCUGUAAAACCCAGCUAGAGCGAUAGCUUUACAGGCGGAUCAAAAAAUUUUUAAUGAAUUACCAGAAAGCUGCGACAGAACGCCAAACGUAAAUUGUACAUACGAUCCCGCGCACCACUGAACGCUGCGUGGAGCUACUAGUAACAACAAAUUCGACAGUCAAAGACAAAAAAAAACCCCAACCACAAGCACACAAGAACGUAGCAAGCACGCGGAACGGCGUUAGUACACCUGUUUUUUCUCUUGAAACGAUCGGGCAGCGUUUAUUUCUUCUUUGGUAGAGUUGGUCUAGGACGUAUAUAUAUAACCAGCAACAGCAAAAGCGUAUGCUUAAUACACGGUAUCCAUAUAGUGUUAUAGCACGGAAUUGUGUAGCAUCAUCGGGAAAUCAAACAAACACACACAUACACUAACAUGGUAAAAGCGAAUAUUGUCUUGGCAGGCGGCAGACGGAGACAGGCUGAGGGUCCCCAUCCUUCCGAUUGAAUAAUCGAAACAUACACACACACACACGAAACCACUCAUACAUAUAUAAGCUAAUUAAAAUCAAAGCGAAUUCUUGUCAUGUAAAUUAGCAUUGAAUAUUCAAACGGUUUUUAAACGAAUAUCAUGAGCUCAUGUAAUAUAUAUAUAUAUAUAUACAUAUAUACAUAUAUAGAUACAGAUAUACAGUAACUAAUUAUUUCUUUUGUCCCCUUUUUAAACCCCCCUCACACACACACACACACAUACGGCACAGUGAAUCUCAAAACUCUUUUUAUAACAAUGCCGACACACGAACACACGAAAUGAGCGUCGAAAAAUUGAACAAAAAAAAUACGGAAAGAUCAUACUAAUCCAACCUACUUGCUAGUAGGUCUCAACACAGUCUGGUAGGAGCAUCCCUGGUGUUAACGAUCGCACCACUAGUAGUAGGUGAAAAGCAUUUUAAGCAUCAUCUUCCUCCAUUUGUAAACCAUACGCCACACGAACAAACACUCUGUCUGGGUGUGCAAGAGGAACCUUUACAGCAAAAAGAGGAAAAGCGUUUUUUUUUUAAACGUAGCUUUCCCUUUCGUUCCCCCGUUCAGUCCAUUCGCAUUCGAGCAUUAGGAACAAAAAAAUUGAAAUAGAACAGUGUGUAUCGGCCAGGGAGUAGUUGUUUUGCGUUUGGUUAGGCUAGUGUCGUUGCUCAGUCGCAUGCAAUCUGGACGCACGGGAUUUGUAUCGGAUUUGAUAGAUAAGGUUGCGUGCGAUCGGACCUCCUUGCAACCUAGUCGCAUGCGACCGAGCAAUACCACCAGCCUUUUAGUAACCGUGUCAAUUGUGUAUAUAGCCGUAUGAAUGAAUUCAUCAUCUAUCAUUUACACAUGUAUAACAUUACAUACAACAAACACACACGCAUAGAAGACGUUGUAAUAAAUAAUUUAAACAUAUCGAUUGUACACCAAAACCAAGUUCUUUUACCCAUCCCCCCACCCCCCACCGUUUGGUUGUUUCCGAUGUUUGGGAAAAAAUUAUAUUACUUUAUGAAACUCACACACACACACAAACAAAAUAUCCAAAAGAACCAAAGCCGGCGAGAAGCAAGUUUUUGAAUCGGGGCCAAAAGACAGAAACAAAUUUAGUUUUCCGGUCUCUCAUUUUCUCGGCGAUACAGACGAUGAACCCGUUAAGGCGUGUUAGUACAUGCGUUCUAAGUUAAGGUAUUUAAUUUAUUAACUACUAACCAUCUACCAC